AUGGCAAACUUCAUUCUACAAAUCAAACAACAGCAUUUGUCCCAUUCGGCAAAGAUCAAGAUUGAUAACUUGAUCAAUGAUACAAUCAUCAACAACGGUGGCAAUAACAACAAGAAUGAGGUAGCUGCUACCCAUCCUCCUCAUAUCAUCCUGAUCCAGGACUUUGAACCCCUAAGACUAGCCAAAAAGAAACACUAUGUUCCUUAUCAAUCAGCUCUCAAGAUUCAAAAAAGAACAGGUUCAAAUAAACCUCAAGGUAGACCUUUCAAUUCAAAUUUAAAUGCAAGAUUCUUAUUAUUCAGCAACAUCAAUGAUUUGAUUUUGAACUUGUUAAACAUUAAAGAAUUGAAAAUUGGUCAUUUAGGUUCAAAUAAUUUUGAUUUAUCUACAAAUAAUAUGACAAUUCAACCAAUUUGUCAAUCUUCUGAUCAAUUAACUUCAACUCAUCAAUUGAAAUCAAUUUCAUUUGAAAAAUUUAAUGAUCAUUCGUCUAAAUUUGAGAUUUAUAAUGAACUUUGUAAAAUCUUUAAUGUUAAAGAAUUAUCAUUUAUUAAAACUAUUAGAAAUAAUAAAGGGAAAUUAAUCAAAUUUGAAAUAAUGUCAUUUAUUAAUUCAAAUGAAUUAAACAUUGAUUUCAUCAAAAAAUUCAUAACUUAUCCAAGAUAUAAAUCUAAAAUGAAGAUUUUUUUAAUUAACCAAAAAUUCGACCAAAAUAUUUGGUUUUAUAAUGAUUUAAGAAUGUUGAUUUGGGAUAUCAAUAAUUUGAAAAUUGAAAACACAAAUAUUUUAAUCAGUACAGAGAUUUUGAAGUGA